AAUGUUCCUGAAGAAAGGCUGCUGGGUGCUGGGGCAGCACGUGGGGUUAUAAAACCCACAGCCUGGAGAGGAGCCGGAAAGAAGGGGAGGAUGGCGGAGAUGUGUGACCCCAAGGAGCCGGGCGACCCCAGUGAAGAGGAGGAGAUGUUUGGGGGCCAGAGAUUGGCGAAGAAAUACACCGGACUGCUCAGGAGCUCACGGACCUUGCCAGGGUGUCUGACCCAGGCCCAUCUGCCUCUGCUGCUGCUUCUCAUCUCCUUGGGCUUCUUCCUGCUCCUGGUGACCACUCUGGUCCAAGUCUCCAGGAUCCACCAGUCCCUGCAGAGAGAGAGGGGCGGACACCAGGAGACGAACGCUCAGGGGAGCCCGGGCCUAGGUGAAGGGCUAAUGCCAGGGGGUGCUUCUCGGGAGCAGAAACAGUCAGACCUGGAGGAGAUCCUCCAGCAGUUGACGUGGAUGAAUGCUACUCUGGCGGGCCUGUGCCGCCACUGCCCCUGGAAGUGGGAAUUUUUCCAAGGAAGCUGCUACUUCCUCUCCCAGACCCAGAACACCUGGAAAGAGUCCAUCUCCGCGUGUCAGAGCAUGAGGGCCCAGCUGGUGAUCAUCAACAGUACUGAGGAGCAGAAAUUUCUGAAGGCUUGGAAUUCGAAAAAUAACCAGCGCACGUGGAUCGGCCUCAGCGACCACCACAACGAGGGGUCCUGGAGAUGGGUGGACAACACCCCGCUCCAGCUCAGCUUCUGGAAGGAAGGGGAGCCCAACAACCACGGCGAUGAGGACUGCGUGGAAUUGUACAGCGAAGGCUGGAAUGAUAACAGAUGCAGCACAGAAAACUUCUGGACCUGCAAAAAGCCCUCGUCGCCCUGCCCGGGCCCCUGAGGGCCGGCGCUCCCCGCCCCCACCCCUCCCCGGCUCCGAAGACGACCCGGCGGCGCUGCGGUGCAGGCUGUUACUUUGUCUCCGGCUUCAGUCUUCCAGCUUCUCCCGCCGGAGGAUCCCCAUCCUUCUCCUGCAGGACGGCCUUUGGGAUCCGAGGGCGGUUCUGAGACCCCCUUCCCCUCUAGGGUCUCUGCCUUCAUAGGCUACGGACACCUCCCUUCUUCGGUUGACGGUCUCAGCGCCCCCCUCCCAGACACCCCCUUAAUAAAGUCACACAUUGCAUUAUGUGUUCCAUUGAA